AUGAGCGUCACUGAACGACAGCAACUCCUUGAAGCAAAGCCAAUAAUAGUGACUUAUGACUUCACUGCAAAGCCCUUCACACACAAACGAAGAUCAAAAGAUGAGACUCCACGACUCAAACUCAUUGAUUUCUCCACACUUGAAACUCCAAUUAAUAAAGAUUUGGAUAUCCCUUUAACUACAAAGUCGGCAGGUUUACCUAAUAUGAAUAGAAGAAUUAACUCUUUUGCACUCAAAGAAGACGUCAGAAAUUGCCCUAUUUUUAUUCCUCAAACUCAUCACAACAAUCUCACGAAAAUAGAACACCCGAGGUUUCCUCAAUUCGCGGAAAAUAAUGGGAAAUUUCAGGGCAAAAAAACAAACCCUGAUUUUCCUCAUUUCGAGGAAUUAUUGAUGGAAAAAAAGAAGGAGGAAAAAAGUGAAGGGUUUCCACAAAUCACGGAAAAUCGACUGGAUAUUUUUAAAGUUCUGGGAAAAAAAGAAUGUGAGAGACCAACACACGCGGCUUCGGCGGAACCAAAAUGUUCGUUGUUUCUACAAAACGAAAAAGUGAAAUUUGAAAAGAUUGACUUUUCGAGAGCAGCACUAAAAAACUUAAAAUUUGUACCAAAACGAAAAACAAAAGAAAGUGAGGAAAAAUCUUCUCAAGUGGCGGAAUCAAAAGAGGCGGUUGAAAAACAGGACCGCGAAACAAAGAAUGACAAAACGACCAAAGUGAAAAUCCAUAAAACUCAAGUUGAGAUUAAAACUAUCGUGACAUACCAAGACGAAAAGAACUUGAAUGAAGAGAAAAAAAUGAGUGGUGAUAACAACAAUAUGAUAGAGAUGAAUGAAAAUCAUCAAAAAGAAAAAGAUACAAACAGUGAAGAACAAGACGUGAAAAAAAUUUCUGAUGACGAGUGGAACGAAGUUCCUUCAAAAAAGAAGAAAAAAACAACAAAGAAAGUGAAAAAGGUGUCAAAGAAGAAUAAGAAAGAGAAGAUAACGAAACCGGAACGUGAAGAAAUGAGUCGAUCACAAAAAGAGAAUGUGAUAGAAAAAGAGAUAAAAAAUGACAUUCGAACAGAAGAAGAUUCCGACAAAACACCUCUCAUUCUAUCAAAAAAAGAUAACACAUCACAAGAUCAUCACAGUCAAAGUGACAAAACUCAAGAAGAAAAUCAACAAGAUUUCGAAGAUUUUUUGGUACGAAAAGAGGCGCUCUUAACCCCUCCCGUCCAUGGGACAUUAUACAAAAGAUCUUUUAUUGACGCCCCCAAACGUGGAUAUACAACAAGUGGAACGACGGUGAAACCAAUCGAAGUUCGAGCAAAUAAAUUUGUUGAUCUUUUAGUAGAAGAACCAGAAGACGUUCAAGAGGAACUAGAAGAAGCUUAUGUACCACGGUUCAGAGUUACUGAAGGCGAACAAGCACCUAUAGAAGAUAACCUUAUUAAUGAAAAAGUUUCUAAAGACAACACAAAGUCGCUUUCCAUAGUUGAAGAUAUUUGUGAACCCACCCAUUCCAAAAGUGAGAACAACGAAUUGGCCAUUCCUUGUUCCGUCAAGUCAAUCACACCGAGAUUGCCACAUCAUGUGUACUCAAUUGACGAAAUGAAAGAACUGAGAUUUCAUAAAAUACGAUCUCGAGAUUCAGUAUAUGAGAUAUUCCAGAGAUUUUUGAUUAAGAAAGAGAAGAAAGAAGAAAAGUUGAUUAAUGUAGAUCAAUCGAAGGCGAUGUAUCGCCAGUGGUUCAAUCAGUUGACAGAACUUACAAUUGAUAAAGUGUCUUCGCAAAUGGCGCUUCAGAUGCGAAGUAAAGAUGAUGUUGAGACGAUGUUGUCGAUCUUAUUCAAAAAUGCGAUCAAUGAGCGGCGAUAUGUGCAGUUGUAUGUGAAGUUCUUUGUGAAAGUGCGCAAUGCGAUGCUUGUAGUUGACACCAAGAAAGACCUUGCAAUUGACAUGAUCAAAUUUCUUCUUGGGAAGGCAGAGAAUCAAUUCACACAUCCACCAACUGUCAGAAUGCCAUCUGAAAAUGAAACAGAUAUCGAACGCAUCGAACGUGAAGAUGCAAAUGCAGUGGAUGAGUUUGAAUAUCUUGGAACAGUCUUCUUGGUGUCAUAUUUGUACACAGAAGGCACAGUCAUCGCUGACUUGGUGCUUCAAUGUCUGCACUCCCUUUCUAACAUCAAAGGAAGACUACCAACAAAGGCAUUCACUACACUCAUCAAAGAAACAUGCGACAAAUUGGUCAACGAGAAGGUCGACAUGACUGACGUGUUGAACACUAUCAAGAAAAUGCAAGCUGUCGACGGAAUCUCAAAAUUCGAACAAAUCGUCUUGGAAAACUCAAAAGACCAAAUCAUUAAGGCUGUUAAUAUAGGAAAAGAUAUCGAAGAUAGUGCAAAUUGCAGUUUUACUCAAAAAAGAAAAAAUGGAAUAAAGCACAGAGACCAUACAAAGAAGUUUUCAUUUCAAAAAGCUUAA